UCAUUACUCUUCACGGAAACGUGCUUUUGUUCGCAAACAAGAUCACACAACGCCGCGAUGGAUCUCAAUCUCAAUCUCAACCUGGAUCUCAAUCUCAAUUCCUGUUCCCAACCGUUCAACCGAUCAAACCGCGGCUUUAUUUUUAUUCCUCCUCCCAAUCCAUUUCUUUGUCUCGCGUUCUUAUUAUUAUUUAUUUUUAUUAUUAAUCUUCUUUGUUGUUUUUAUUCCUUUUCUCUCUUCCAUCUCAUCUUUCCCCUCUUCCUCUCCCUCUUUUUCGAUCCUUUUUGCUGUUCCUGUUGUCGCCCUCCCACCCAAAUCUCGCCUCGAUUCGUCGAUUCCGCUUCGAUUUUUCCGCGCCGGGUGAUUUUGAUGCGCGGAGAGGGUCGAAUCGGUGGUGUUGUUUGAGUUUGAUCCUGAUUAGGGUUUGCUUGCUCCGCCGGCGAUGGAGUCGGGGGAGGGAGCGGAGGAGAAGGAGCAGUCGGAGCCACAGCCACAGCCGCAGCCGACUGCAGAAGCAUGGAAGAAGCCGGCGCCCGAGGGCGGGGAGAAGCCCUCCAAGCGGAAGAUGAAGACGCCUUACCAAUUGGAGAUCCUCGAGAAGACCUACGCUGUGGAGACUUACCCGACGGAGAUGCAGCGGACUGAGCUGUCGGUGAAGACUGGCCUCUCGGAUCGGCAGCUCCAGAUGUGGUUUUGCCAUCGUAGGCUCAAGGAUCGGAAGUUCCCUCCCACAAAGAGGCAGCGGAGGGAAGAGGACCCACUGCCAUUGACUCCACCGCCACCAGUGCUUCCGCCUCAGAAUGAUAGGCUCUCGUCGGAAUCAGGGGGCGUAGGGUUGAGCUCCAGCCCCUUCAGUGGAGGGCUUGGUAGCAGUGGGGAGUCCAGGAGGCCAUUUUCUAGGGCGGCACCAGUUGUUUCGAGGAUUGGGGCGGAUAUGUCUGCUAUAGGAAGGCGCUACUAUGACAUGGGGCUUCCGCCACCAACCCCUGCACAGCCGACCAUGGCGGAAAUGAGAAUGCUUGCAUCAGUUGAAUCUCAGCUUGGGGAGCCACUGCGACAGGAUGGACCAGUUCUUGGAGUAGAGUUUGAUCCAUUGCCACCUGGUGCAUUUGGGGCGCCAAUAGCAGAAAUGCCAGUGCAACAGAAGCAGCCCCUGCGCCCUUAUGAUGGCAAUAUGUUUGAAAGAUAUGAUACCAAGCCAAUGAAGGCAACUGCUGACCAUUUGUUAGCAAGCUCAUCUAAUGGGAAAAGAAAACUAGCAGCUAGUGCUUCUCAUAUGAGUCAUCCCCAGAUGAGUCACCGGGCUCUUCACGAGUAUCAGUUUCUCCCUGAGCAACUAAGUGUCCGGUCGGAGACAUAUGAUAGGGUCUCUCAAUCUCACUAUUAUGACUCUUCAUUAGAUGCUUCGAGUGCCAGGGCAAUAUCUUUACCAAAAAAAUUGCAUGUAAAUGAACAAGGGGUGCCAAAUUAUACUUUUCAAGGUCAAAUGUCCAGUGCAAAUCUUUUGUCUCAGCCAGGAAGGCAGCAAAAUUUUCCUUCCAUUUCAAUGGACUCUGAUGGUCCUCCACACAGUGACAUGUUUCCUAUUUCUGCAAGUGACACUCAGUUUGGUAUGCAUCAAGUCGGACUAGAAAACCAAUCUAUAUCCUCUGACAGGAGGAGUGCCCGAGAUGAUGACUUUUCUAGGUUGGAGAGAAAACGCAAGAGUGAUGAAGCAAGGAUUGCUAAGGAGGUUGAAGCACAUGAGAAACGGAUAAGGAAAGAGCUUGAGAAACAAGACAUCUUGAGAAGAAAGAGAGAAGAGCAAAUGCGAAGGGAAAUGGAGAGACAUGAUCGUGAAAGAAGAAAAGAGGAAGAGCGGAUGUUGCGUGAAAAACUGCGAGAGGAAGAGAGAUUCGAACGUGAACAAAGACGUGAAAAUGAACGCAGGGAGAAGUUUUUGCUAAAGGAAUCCCGUAGAGCUGAGAAAUUGAGGCAGAAAGAAGAAUUAAGGCGUGAGAAGGAUGCUGCAAGACAGAAAGCUGCUACGGAAAGGGCUACUGCCCGCAGAAUUGCACGGGAGUAUAUGGAGCUUAUUGAGGAUGAGCGACUAGAGUUAAUGGAGAUUGCUGCAAUUAAUAAGGGGUUUUCCUCAAUCUUUGGUCUUGACAGUGAUACUUUGCAACAAUUGGAUUCAUUCAGAACCUUUGCUGCAGGUAUGUUGCAGGCAUUCCCACCAAGUUCUGUAAAACUAGGAAGGCCUUUUGGUGUUCAACCUUGGGUGGAUUCUGAUGAAAAUAUAGCAAACGUUCUUAUGGUUUGGAAGUUCUUAAUUACUUUUGCUGACAUACUAGGGCUUUGGCCAUUCACUCUUGAUGAGUUUGUGCAGUCUCUCCAUGAUUAUGGUUCAAGACUCUUGGGAGAAAUACAUGUUUCCCUUCUUAAAUCCAUAAUCAAGGACAUUGAGGAUGUUGCAAGGACACCUGCUAUUACAGUUGGUGCUAGCCAGAGCAGUUCUGCUAACCCAGGAGGUGGUCAUCCACAGAUAGUUGAGGGGGCUUAUGCAUGGGGUUUCAACAUUCGAAGCUGGCAGCGCCACCUAAAUUGCUUGACAUGGCCUGAGAUAUUGCGGCAAUUUGCUUUAUCAGCAGGAUUUGGGCCACAACUGAAGAAAAAGAAUGUUGAACACACAUAUUUACGGGAUGAUAAUGAGGGGAUUGAUGGUGAGGAUGUUAUUUCCACUUUGCGAAAUGGUUCAGCUGUUGAAAAUGCUGUUGCUUUAAUGCAUGAAAGGGGAUACACACAUCGACGAAGAUCUCGACAUCGGUUGACUCCUGGAACAGUAAAAUUUGCAGCUUUCCAUGUUUUAUCUCUUGAAGGAAGCAGAGGCUUAACUAUACUUGAAGUUGCUGACAAGAUUCAGAAAUCUGGAUUGAGAGAUCUUACUACGAGCAAGACACCUGAGGCAUCAAUUGCUGCAGCGUUAUCACGCGACACAAAACUUUUUGAGCGAACUGCUCCUUCAACAUAUUGUGUACGGUCACCAUAUAGAAAAGAUCCUGUUGAUGCAGAUGCAGUGCUAUCAGCUGCUCGCGAAAAGAUACACGUAUUUCAAAGUGCACUUUCUGAUUCUGAGGAAGUGGAAAAGGAUACGGAAGAUGUAGAUGAUGCAGAAAGAGAUGAAGAUUCAGAAGGGGAUGCUGGUGAUGAUCAUGGGGUUGAUGAUACUGGCACUGAUCAUAACUUGGAUAAGAAUGACCCAUUUGAAAGCAAGCUAAAAGAUCCUAGUGCAUUGACAUCAGUAGGUAAGAUGAAAGGAGGAAGAGAAAUUGGAGCAACUCCACAAAUUAGUUUUGGAAAUGUUGCAAAAGUCUGUCCAAAACCCUCUUCAGAGAAUGCAAAUACUUCUGGGGCCACUGAGUUUAUAGAGACCAAUUCAAAGUUCCAUGAAGCAGCUAAUGUGGAUAUGGAGGAGACAGAGAUGGAUGAAAGCAACUUCGGUGAACCAUGGGUUGAAGGCCUAGCAGAAGUAGGUAAGAUGAAAGGAGGAAGAGAAAUUGGAGCAACGCCACAGACUAGUUUUGGAAAUGUUGAAAAAGUCUGUCGAAAACCCUCUGCAGAGAAUACAAAUAUUUCUGGGGCCACUGAGUUUAUAGAGACCAAUUCAAAGUUCCAUGAAGCAGCUAAUGUGGAUAUGGAGACAGAGAUUGAUGAAAGCAACUUUGGUGAACCAUGGGUUCAAGGCCUAGCAGAAGGUGAUUAUUCUGGGCUGAGCGUUGAAGAACGCCUAAAUGCACUUGUUGCUUUGUUAGGCGUUGCUAUUGAAGGAAACUCAAUACGAAUAGUGUUGGAGGAACGCUUGGAAGCUGCAACUGCACUUAAAAAACAAAUGUGGGCGGAAGCACAACUGGAUAAAAGGCGUUUUAAAGAAGAAUAUUCUAGCAGAUUACAAGGUACUUUUGGUGGGUACAAGGCUGAGAUAGCCCAAAUGAAUGGAACAAGAGAGGGAAGCCAAACUCCACAGGACAAUGUGGACAAGGUCAAUGAUGGCAAUUUAGAAGUAAUCAACAAUGAACAGUUUGUUGAGCAGAAUCAGGUGAAUAUGGGCUAUAAUUCUAUGGGACAAGAGCUUACUAAUUCAGAUGUGCUAUCUAUUCAGCAAUGCGGAUAUGCUGCUGAGAAGUCUCGUUCUCAGUUAAAAUCAUUUAUUGGCCAUAAAGCAGAGCUACUAUAUGUGUACCGUUCAUUACCCCUAGGUCAAGAUCGUAGACGAAACCGCUACUGGCUAUUUUCAACUUCUUCAUCACCAAAUGAUCCUGGUUCUGGAAGAAUCUUUUUGGAAUCCAAAGAAGGUCAUUGGACACUUAUUGACUCGGAGGAGGCAUUUGACACACUUUUAGCUGCUCUGGACACUCGGGGGAUUAGGGAAUCACAUUUGCACUCAAUGCUCCAAAGAAUAGAGACAACAUACAAAGAGGCAAUAAAGAGGAGAAAGGAUCUUAUCAUUUCAGCAACGUCAUCUGGAGAUCAUGCUAAACCAAGGGCCUCCAGAAUGGUGUCAGGCUCAGAUUGCAGCAUGGAAAUUGAUAGUCCUAGUCUUUGCAGGUUCACUCCUGAUGCCUUGGAGAACUCAACAUCUCUCAAAAUUGAACUUGGUAGCAACGAAGUAGAGAAAAACUCUGCUCUUGUCAGAUACCAAGGUUUUUUGGGAUGGAUGUGGAAUGAAUGCUAUAAUUCACAGAUAUUAUGCACGAUGAAAUAUGGGGCGAAAAGAUGUCCUGAGUUGCUUCAUACUUGUGAUUGUUGCUUCCAGUCUUUCUUAGCUGAAGAAAAACAUUGCCCUUCUUGCCACAAGACAUUUAAGACCUUCCAAAACUCUGAUGCACUUUUUUCAGAGCAUGUGACUCUAUGUGAACAGAAAAGAAAGUUAGACCCUGAUUGGAAACUCCAACUCUCUAACUCUACUCUUCCAAUGGGGAUCAGAUUGCUGAAGACACUACUAUCCAUGACUGAGGCUGUGAUUCCAGCAGAAGCACUUCAAACUCUUUGGACAGAGGGUUAUAGGAAAUCUUGGGCUGUGAAAUUGCAUUCUUCAUCAUCUGCUGGGGAGCUUUUUCAGGUUCUGACAUUGUUGGAGCGUGCUGUAAAACUGGAUUUUCUUUUGUCAAGUUUUGAAACGACAACUGAACCUCUGAUUUCUAAGCAAGAAACUGCCUCGACCAUCUCUGCUCAAUCUGGACUUGUUCCUGUACUACCGUGGGUGCCUUAUACUUCAGCAGCUGUGGCUUUGAGGCUGUUAGAUCUUGAUUUUUCGAUUUCUUAUAUGUUGAACCAGAAGCUAGAGUCUCGAAAGGAAAAGGAAGGGCAUUAUAUUAAGCUUCCAUCACACUAUGCUGCGGUUAACAACAUGCAAGAGGUAGAUCCUAUGGGAACUCCUGAACAAGUUGAUUAUCUCACUGAAGGGAGGUGGUUAGAUUCAGGAAGUGGACAGAGGGGUCGAGGACGAGGCAGUCGUGGGCGAGGUGGACGUGGUCGUGGGCGAGGGAGAGGACUAAGGGGGAGUGCAAGCUCCUCCAGGGCCAAUUUUAUGACUGAAAAUCUCAGUAUUUUCGACAAGGCCACAAGAAAAUUCACCAGAAGAGGAAGAACACGUGGUCGUGGUGGGCGUAGGCGUGGACGCCGAACUAUCAGGCCUAGGCAAAUAUCUGAUGGUAGAGUAUCCACAAUCAAUAAAAGGUCACUUUUGGGCAGCUUGAUCACUGCAAACAGCAACUCCAAACAGGCAAUGAUUGCAGAUUCCCCACAGAGCUCAGGUGGAGACGAAUGGGGCAUAGCUCAAGUUAGAAAGCCAUAUGUUGAAGACGACGAUAUUAGUAGAGGCUCUGAAUCUGAUGAUAAUGGUCAAGCUUCUGGGGAUGAUUAUGAUGAUCAGGCAGCAGACUCUCUUGUAGAAUACGACUACAGCAAGUCCAUAGGAUUAGCUGACGACGGAUCGGAGGAUGUUGGAGACAUGGACAUGGAUGAAGAUGUCGAAGAAGACGAUAUGGAUGGUAGAAGUCAUGACUUGGAUGCUUACAUGGAUGAUGACGAUGAUGAUUUGCAAGAUAACCCAGACGAUGUUGAAGAUGGAGAGGGAAAUAGAGAUGAAGAUGAGGGGGCAACUUCGUACUCGUCACAGUAUAGCGAUUGACAACGGGAUGGUCAAUUAAUCUGUCCGGGUGGAGUCAAGGCCACCACAUUGUUAAGAUGAUGAUCGCUUAGAGGCACGGUUCGAUCAAUCAACUUAUGUUUAUGCUUCCUCAUUAGAUCAUUGCUCCGUCAAGCCAGUAAUUUAUUGCAUCAGAUCCAUCCGUGCAAGUAUUGAAGAUGACUGCACCCUCUCGAGUUCAGUCUUUUUGUAAUUUUGUUUUGUUUAUUUUCUCUCUAUCUUUUUUCUUUUCUUUUCUUUUUUACUUGUUGCUAUGUUGCAAAUUUAAGCGAUCCUCCCUGGCCAAGAGAGGCGAAGAGGGAGAUAAGAGCGAAUGGUUGGUUUAUCAAACCUUUUUUUUUUCUAUUUUGUACAAAUGUUAAUGAUGCACUAUUACCUAUUGGGUAACGUAGGCCCUUUUUAUUUU